AUGAAGACUUCUAGAAAAAGAUCCUUGACAUUUGGCAUAUUGGCGUCACUAGCAACUCAAGGAUGUGCUAGCAUGGAUACUGAGAUUUCUCCGACUGUAGGAGCCUUGCAUACAAUCUCAAUAUCCUCAGAUGAUGAUGCCUCUGAGAUCCAACCGAUGAAGUUUAACGUCAGUGAUGGUGAAACAACGGUGCAAGCCAAAUCUUAUCUCUUGAUUGCGAAUAGUGAUGCUUCCUACAUUGCAUUGCAUUUUUCGAGCUUUCACUUGCCGGUAGAAUGCAUGAUGCAAGUGUCAGAUAUUCACGGGGCAUUUCAUUCAAUGACAGUAUUGACGGACAAGGGGAGAAAUGGAAAGGGAAAAUUUUGGGCCAAGCAAGUCAAAGAUUCGUCAUUAAUGCUGACAUUAAAGUGCAAAGGGGAUACUGCAGAGGCUCUGGGGACAUCAAGUUUUCAGAUUGACAAGUAUGUGACUGGGUAUCCUCAUGAUUUUGAGUAUUUCCAGGACGUGCCCACCGAAUCUCCUACAGCAGGGCCUACCUCCAGUCCCACCAACGGACCGACUAGCACUCCAACUUCCUCGCCGACUGAGGAUCCUACUGCAGUUCCAAGUAGUGGGCCAACCUCGGGUCCAACCUCGGGUCCCACCCCUGAUCGGAUCCAAACGUCGGAAAUUCAUAGCAGUCGAUCCGAGGUUUUCAACGUCCAUGUGAAUGAAGCUUCUAAUGGAGGUCACCGGAGAAGAAAAAUGCGAAAAAAGCAAGGAGUCUGCUCUGCUCAAGACAAUCGACAGAGUGUGGCAUGUUCUUCACCUGAGGUUGAAGAAAAGUCUCAUGGGGUCGCCCGAUUACUUAUUGAUGGCCGCUUUGUGUGCUCGGGGUUUCUGGUGUCGGACAACUUACUCGUCACGGCAAGUAUCUGUUUGGACGAUGCAGACAAUGCUUUGGACGUUGACUAUGAAUUCCAAUUUCAGCAGCAGUCUUGCGGUUCGUCUACGCUGGAAAGAACAGAGAUAUAUGAAGGGUUGGAGGUAGUGAACUAUAGUGAAACAUCGGAUUACGCCAUCAUUAGGCUAACAGGAAAUCCGGGCGCAAAAUAUGGCUACUUGCAAGUUUCAGAUGAACUUCCAUCAAUUCAAGAAACAGUGUACCUACCACAACAUAAAAUGGGCCUAGACAAGCAAGCAGCCGAAAAAUGUGUUGUAGUAACUAACGGAAGACAGAUAUCAGAUCGGACAUGCUCUUUAGGUGGCCCAUUCAAAGACAUUAGACAUAGCUGCGACGUUGAUGGUGGGGCCCUUGGAUCGCCAGUGAUUUCUCAAGUUUCGGGGCUCGUGGUGGGCAUGCACCAUUGCAGUGGGACCUGCCCAUCAAACUUUGCGGUUCCCGGCAUGGAAAUCCAUGAUGCCUUACGUAAAAUACCGCAAAUACAUUCCAACGAAUUACAGCUCGUGAGCAGCGAGGAGCCGCAAUGUUUGGUGUCCAUUAAGACGAAUCAAUGCGGUUCAGUCAUCCACAAUGUUGGAAUCGACCAUGAAUCCUGCGACUGUGCCAACUUUUGCGGCGAUGAGUUCUUGGGGUGCUGCGAGAAAGGAAAAGAGUGUCCGGUGUCUUGCUCCGGCACCUUGGUUGCCGGCUGUUCGUACAAACCACCCAGCACAUCGCAUCAAAACUUGGUUGAAACCCACCUUAACAUGGAAGAAAAUAUGCAACUUCCAGAACCAUGGUACAUCCCAGAAGAAUCAGAAAAUUCUGAACUUCCGAAUCUCAGAACGGAGUCAUAUGAACAAGACUCCACGGGGAAAGACUCUCAUAGACUAUUGCGAACAAGAUAA